AACCUUGCGUGUUUGGUCUACAUUUUAUGACGCUGCGGCAUUCCAAGUAUGUAUUUCUUCUCCAGGUGGCAAGCUACCAUGCCGUUUUCCAUGUGUGUUGUUGUUGUUGUUGGAAGAGAAGGCGGGGCUUAUUUCUUGGUUAGGGCGUGGACUUUAUUGCCCCCCCAGCUUUGGAGCUAUUUUGAAAGUGACCCUCAUUCGGGCAGCCCACUCUGCAGCUGUCAGGAACCAUGACUGAAGAUGACGGAAUCGGUUGUCGUGGAGGGAUACGCCAGACUUCGAGACGGGAAAAAGUGGAAAACUAGGUGGCUCGUUCUUCGUAAACCAUCGCCUGUAGCAGAUUGCCUCGUUUUGCUGGUUUUUAAAGACAAGUCCGACAAAGCCGAGGGCAACAAGGAGCGCGCCACCGUCACCCUGGUGGACAUCUGUGGCCUGGAAACAGGACAGUGCUACGAGGACGUGGCCUUCACGCUGGUCAUUCUCUGCCUUAACCAGGCGGCGCUGCUGGGCUUCGACAGUAGGGACAACCUACAGGCGUGGGAGGGACACUUGCGUUACAGCCUUGGAGAAGUUCACAGGUUCAACGUCGGAGUCCUCGCGGGUACCAAGUUAGAAAGCGGACCAGCUACCCUUCACCUGUGCAACAACUUGCUGGCCCUCGUCCGAGAUGUCCCCCCUGUCGUCAUCGGACAUUGGAACCUUCCGGAUCUACGCAGAUAUGGGCCCGUACCCAACGGAUUUGUGUUUGAGGGAGGAACACGCUGCGGUUACUGGUCUGGCGUUUUCCUGCUCACGUCGUCUGAAAGUGAGCAGAUCAGCUUCCUGUUUGAUUGCAUUGUCCGAGAAAUCUCCCCCACCAGGGUUCCGUUUGGACUGUUGCCAGUCCUGCCAGAUCCUGGCACCAGUCAGACCAACUUUGAGGAAAAGUUGAACCACGAGACGCAAGAACUGGAGAAGCGACUUAGCAUGCUCUCCAAUCAGAACAGCCUGGUGUACUCCACGUUCAGCAGAGACGACCGCAGCAUAUCGGGUUCAUCCGACAACUCAGACACCAGCCAAUUGGAUAGCAGCAUUUCCAGUCGUUUGGCCAUUUGGACUGAACUGCCAAUGGCUUACCAUCCUAAAGUGGCGAGCGUGGAGAAGCUGUCUGCUAACCAGGGUGAUGGACAUAACCUGGAUGCCAAAGCCCCGAGACAGCUGCAGGAAAUUGGUCGGCAGAGCUCCUCGGAUAGCGGAAUCGCCACUGGGAGCCAUAUCUCGUAUUCUGGAAGUUUAUCCUCAUACACGGGGAGUCUAGACAUCUGUGAGGACUUUGGUUCAGUUUUUAGCCUGCCACCCCACUUGGCUCAAGAUCUGAGUCCUUGUUGUUGCGCCAAAGGUCCAGAAGGCGAGUACAAGGUACCCACAUCACUCAGGUAUCUGUAUGACACCCCGAGAAAUCUGAUCCAGGGGGAAGGUGGUCAAACGGUGGACACCAAUCACCAAAGUCACCUGACAGAGUCCUUAAAAGGGGUUAUUUCAAAAACACCACUAGUGUGCUCGCAUAGGUCUUCUGGAGAGAGAGGCAUGAAGCGGAAUGACGCUGAGUCCUGUCACUUGUUCAGCUCUCUUACAUCCAAAACGAUAGUGACCAUUUGUGCAACAUGCGGUGGGUUUCAGGGGACACCACCCCCCAUAAUCAACCUUGCCAGCGGGUCAAUGUUGCCUGCUGUACCAGCAGAUCGGAAUGUUGAGAAAUUAUCACCGCCCAGUUCGGACAGGCCGUCAAGUGAGGGAUCGCCAAUGCCUAAAAAGGGGCGAGAGAAACUAGCUAGCCUCUUCAACGAACUCCUGCGCUACCCCAAGGAAUGGAAACCCAACCAACGGAACUUGUAUGAAGUCAUGGUCCCCGCACCGUUAUACCCACACCUAAUAACCCUACCGCCUGGCAAUUGUGCUUCGACAGUCAUUUACGAAGACUGCUUUAAGUGCCAGAGGGCACGCUGUCAUCCGCCCCGAAAGGGCCCGCCUCUUGGAUUAAAAUGGAAUGGUAAAAUAUUCAGCGAAGUGCAAAGUUUUUUGACUGGGCUGCAACUGAAAAGAAGUUCAGAAGAUGAAGAUGCUAAAAAGUUGCCCGGAUCCCAGAUGGUGUUUGGUGGUCAAAACCCAGAUGAAGACCAGAAUGGUCAGGCAUUGCACCGUGAAGUCAAUGGGCCUUGUGUCAAAGAGGAGGGUCGGAGAGCUGAUCCUGCCUAUGAAAUCAUGGGGAGAAACUCUGAGAGGGACGAAAACAAUAAGUACAAGCUGAUGGUCAACUGCGGUCCGCAAAUGUUGCUGCAAGAAUCUGAAGGAACAACAUUCCCCCUGGAAGCGUCUCCUGCCGAAAGGCCUCGCAGUGCCGCUGUGACGUACGUCAAUAUUCCAGUGAGUCCAACGUCCAAGAAGCAGCUCAAUUACAUGGAGCUGGAGCUGCAAGAGCACAGCGCCCGAAGUUCCGCACUGAGGAAGAGUUCCACCAAAUAUGCCUACAUCGACAUCACGGCCACAGAGGCAGCCCACGUAGUGGGUAUCCAGCAUGCCUUGGGGCGCCAGGAGGGUCUCCACACCCUGGAGCUGAGGAGGAAGGGGGUGCCGCAUUGACCUUGUGUAUUGUAUGACACUAAUUGUCAGCUUCACAUACCUAUUUAUAUUAUUUGUGUGUGGUUUUUUAAAUGUAAUUAUUAUUGGAAUGAAAAACACUUUUCAUGUGUGAAGUAUUAUUGUAUGUAUAUAAAUAAUACACUGGGUAGUUAUGACUAAAACAUGUUUUAUUUCAACCUGGUUGUUUACAUGGCCGGCAUGCUAGUAGUGGUGUUACAUCAUAAAAGGUCCGUCGUGCAUCCGCCGCGUCAUAUCCGUUCUCAGCACAUAUCACUACAUCCCCCCUGUUUAGUUCUAACACCUCCCCUGUAAAUUUAGUUAUAAUAAAUUCUCUGCAAGAAACACAAAAAACAUAACAUUCCUCAGGUAACCAACAUGAGCGAUAUCACUUUCAAACAUUAG